UGCUUCAGAGAGCUUUAUUUCCUCCAUCACAACAAACACCUGUUCUUCUUCCUCCCUCAUGCAGCUGGAGAGGCGCUGGGCGAUGUGUUCGAGGUGUCCACCAUCAGACGAGAGGACUACGAAUUCCACAAGGGAAAGUCUGAGUACGAGGACAUUCUGCAGUGCAACAACCUGCCGUCCUCCGCUACACCUCGCGGACAUCAGACCCCUGCAGCUUUCCUCAUCAUGGCCUCUGGGCUCGACAAGCACGGUGUGGACUCUAAGGCCCCUCUGCCAUAUUCCCACGUUGACAUCGCCGGGUCCAGCGGUCCUUUCCCAGGGGUCCCAACAGGAUCCCCCAUCCUCGCCAUGGCAACCCACUACAUCCUCUCUGAUAGUCUCUAAAUGAAUACACCAGGAACAUAAAGAUCUUCUGCACUCUAUGCCAACACACAUUUGGAACAGUCCAAAUAAAAAAUGAAAUCCCUGCCACAACACAUAUUGCAAAUAGUGCAAUGUUUCUGUCUGACAUUCCUUACAAUGUGUUCACUCUGCAAGAAUAUUCUUCACUCCCUCUAAGAUCUUGUGAAGUUUGUCCUGUCUACACCAAGUCUCAAUGACCCUGGCCUAAAUCAACAUGCGUAAAUAUACUCAGGGGUUAAAUGGCAGUAUUAAAAUACUAUCCUUUUUAUUCGUGUCUGUAUGUGUGCGACAAACGGGUUGUGUGGGAUGCUGUGUGUCAGUGAAACCAAGCACUUCUAAAUGAUUAAUAAAACAACAUUUGAAAUUAAAA